AUGAAAAGUGAAGCAAUAUUUCCAGCUGUUUAUUGCUCGGCAGUGCCGCAGAUUGCGAACGGCUUCGCAGAGUCGGCGACAAACGUUUCUUUUGGUGGUAUUGCCAAGUACUCAUGCUACAAAGGGUUCUCGUUUACAUCUGGUAACGCUAUAGAAGAAAUCCAUUGUGGUAUAGAUGGUAAAUGGACGCCGGCGCCUCGAUGUAGAGCUGCAAUGUGUCCUGCUCUGCUGCCGUUCGCCAAUGGAGACCGUCGGCUGGAAUUUGGUGACGGAACCGGUUACGGGACAGUGUUUCGUUUUGAGUGCCGCCCUGGAUACCGACGUGAAGGUGCUGCCACACUGCUGUGUAAAACUGAUGGCCAAUGGUCGUUUGAGCAACCAAAAUGCAUC